AUGGAAGGUGAUGAGGUUAUUGGUGCACCGAAGCACCCUGAUUGGUUGCAAAUGGUGUGUAUUAAGGAGGGAGAAGUCCCUUGCAUGAUCACCUAUGUUUUGACUAGGCUUUCCCGCUAUCGUCCUGCCAUGCAUUGUGACAUUGUUGACCACCGCGACAUACUCGUCCUCUCCCUCUUCAGUGGGGGUGAGGUUCUUAAUCUAAUGAACGUCUAUUCUGAUGAUCAACACACAGCCAUUGAGUACCUAGCUGCUUGUGUGCAUUCUCUACUGCCUUUCAUCUAUAUAGCAGGCAACUUUAACUGCGUAUUGACGACUUGGGAUGACUAUGAGCAUGGCGAGUUGUCGACGGCAAUAUCCCUGUGGGACACCGCAUCUCAGAUCAGCCUCAAGUGGGCACAACCUUCUAAUCACGGACCCAUGAGGAUCAGUCCCAAUCCAAAUCAGAGGUCCAAUGUCUUAGAUCUUGUAUUCUUAGCCCCAUCUGAGACCUUAAUCUUGAUGCCCAGAUUGGAGCACGAUCUCCAGGCUAUUCCUGUCGCAGCCCCGGCUACCAAGGAAGGCGUUGACACUUUAGCUGAUGCUAUUGCGAUGGCAUUCUCGGACGCAUGGCUUGCCCACUUGACCAAGUCCAAGCAUACCAAGUGCUCCAAGUCCUGGUGGACAGACGAGUGCUCAGAGACAUUUGGAGUAUAUCAGCUUAGCCACUCGCUAGCUGAUUACAACAAAUUCAAGAAGGUGUGUAAAGAUGCCAAGCAUGAUUUCUUCAAUGAACGCAUCGCAGAAAUCGCUACUUCUCGGAAGCGCCCAUGGGACGUGAUGGAGUGGGUCAAACAAUGCAAGCUGCCACCCUGUGAGGCUAUUCGCAAUGGCGACCAGCCUUGUCAUGAUAUGGAUGACCUUUGGGACACCCUUCACGGCACGUACAACUCAGCCUCUGGUUGUGAGUAUGACACCUCAGUUUUAAACGAGCUUCCUGACGAGCCAGUCCGUGAGUGGGCUGACUUUUCAGAGCAUGAGUUGUUGAGUGCCCUUAAGGGGUGCUCCAACUCCUCUGCACCAGGACCGGACCAUGUCACAUGGGUCCACCUAAAGGAGCUGCUCAAGGAUAAACAUGUCCUCACGCUCUUCAUCGUGUUGGCCAAUGCCUGCCUUCAGGUUGGGCAUUGGCCUCGCAUAUUCAAGGAGUCGCUGUCGGUUAUCGUACCAAAGCCAAACAAGCCCUCCUAUGCAGUCCCAAAGGCUUUCAGGCCUAUCGUACUCCUCAUCACUUUUGGUAAACUUAUCGAAAAGAUGAUAGCUAAUAGGAUACAGUUUGACACCGUCAAGCAUGAUAUCUUUCAUCCAAACCAGCUUGGCGGCACCCACCAACGGUCAAUGGAGGAUGCUGGAUUGAUCCUGACUCAUCUUUUCUUCCUGUCUAUCAACCAUGAGAUGUUCAUGGCUGUUCUAUGCAAGCAAGGUUUCUCCCCAAUCUUGGUGGAUUUCUUUGCCUCUUAUCUCGUUGGUUGCUCCACAGUUUACUGUUGGAACACCUUUCAAUCCAACUCACGGUCUGCGGACGUGGGUGUCAAGCAGGGCUCAGCCCUCUCGCCUGUUAUUUCAGGGCUUUUCAUUGCUCCAGUAAUGAAGCUCUUCUACAUCAAGGCAGCACUGCUCAAUACAACGCUACUCUCCUUUGUGGAUGAUGGGACUAUCUUGGCCCAAUCCAAACAACUCGAUGAUAAUAAUGUGGGCCUGUGUAAGGCCUACAAAAUCAUCUACCUUCUCUUUGUUGCCUUUGCACUCGUUCUUGAACAUGACAAGACCGAGUUGUUCCACUUUUCGCGUCAGCGAGACGCCUAUAAUCCCUUGUUGGAUUUGGGGUACGCCUCACAUACCGGCACUACACCUCUGAACCCCAAGACCUAUUGGAGGUACCUGGGCUUCUACUUCGAUCGUGGGCUCACAUUCCAUGAGCACAUUUGCUACUAUGCCACCAAGGCAUUCACCACCGUGCAGGCCAUAUUGUGUGUGGUUCCUAUUGCCAUGUACGGUUAUCGUCUCUGGUACUUUGAUGGCACCCACAACAAGGGUGCCAUGAACCAGCUCAAACGGAUGCAGCAGCAAGCUGCUCUAUGGAUUACAGGUGCCUUCCGCACCUCGCCUACAGGCGGUCUUGAGGCUUUGGCAGGUCUCAUCCCCGUCCAUCUUAUGCUGAAGAAGUUGGCAACGUGCGCAGUGUAUUGCAUUGCCACCCUCUCAGACACCCACCCUCUUCGCUCCAUGAUGGGCAAGAGACUCCUCAAACGGGCUGAACCCCAUGCUCGCUCUGCUGCUUUGAUGACCCCAGCUAUGCAGGGGAAGGUCAAGAGCACUGUCAUGGAGGUGGAUGAACACAUCCAUGCCUUAACUGAGAGCUUCGAGCCUUUUGCACCUGAAGCUUGCCCUGGUGACCGGUUACUGGACCGCUAUGCGGACCGUCUCUGUUUUGAUGAGCGCGAUCCUACUCAGGAUAGGCACCCAUAUCUUGACGGGCUCAUCGCUAACACGAGGGCCGAUCCUCUAACAGUACUGGCUGCAACUGAUGGCUCUGUUCCUCAGUCCAACCAGUAUCAGGCAGCUUCGGCUGCCAUCAUCUACAAGGGACAUUGUGAGCUCAAGAGAACUCACUAUGUCUCUGGCAGAGUCACCACCCCAGAUGCGGAGCUCAAUGCCAUCCUGUGCGCAGUGCGCCUUGCUGUCAAGCAGGCAAACUGCCAACAUAUCAUGGUCUUCACUGACUCUAUGGGCUCAGCCCACAGAGCAGUAGACCCAUCCAUACACUCUGGUCAGGCUUUCAGUCUGUCAGUCUGUUGCGCUCUCCAAGAGUGGUUUCAGGUGGAUGAUCUCCACCACAUCACCUUUGUCUACGUUCCAUCUGCUUUGUGGUGGGAUAUCCAUGGUGAGGCACACAAAUACGUCACUGAACUCAAAGUCAGGCGGUGCUCGACGGCAGCCCGCUUGCUAUCUACAAACACGUACGCUACGCAGCCUGGUUACUAA